UUAGCUACAGGGCAAAGCAUUCUAGCAAGCGUACGGUGGAGUCUCAGUUGCUAGCUACACUCUUUGGUCUUAGUCGAGACAAUUCGAGGCAGGUUCCGAUUCCAACGGUCUCGCUUUUGUUUCUUUAUCCAGUGACAUCUGCUUAUAGUUUAUUCCAGCAGCCAUGGCAGACAGAGAGGAUAACGUUUACAAGGCAAAACUCGCCGAACAAGCCGAAAGAUACGAUGAAAUGGUCGAGUCCAUGAAAAAGGUGGCGUCGAUGGACGUCGAGUUGACUGUCGAGGAGCGGAAUCUGCUGAGCGUGGCUUACAAAAAUGUGAUCGGCGCUCGCCGUGCAUCUUGGCGCAUCAUCUCGUCCAUUGAACAGAAAGAGGAGAACAAGGGAGCCGAAGAUAAACUUGAACUCAUCCGCAAUUACCGCAAUCAGGUCGAGAAAGAGCUGAAGGACAUUUGCUCUGAUAUUUUGAGCGUCCUCGAGAAGCAUCUCAUCCCGUCAGCCACCACUGGAGAAUCUAAAGUCUUUUACUACAAAAUGAAGGGUGAUUACCAUCGGUAUUUGGCCGAAUUUGCGACAGGAAAUGACCGAAAGGAAGCUGCAGAGAACUCGUUGAUGGCUUACAAAGCCGCCUCCGACAUUGCCAUGACGGAAUUACCCCCCACCCAUCCCAUCAGAUUGGGAUUGGCCUUGAACUUUUCCGUCUUUUAUUACGAAAUCCUCAACUCUCCGGACCGAGCGUGCCGGUUAGCCAAGGCAGCUUUCGAUGACGCCAUCGCUGAGCUCGACACCCUUUCGGAGGAGUCGUACAAGGACUCGACGCUCAUCAUGCAGCUCUUGAGGGACAACUUGACCCUCUGGACUUCCGACAUGCAGGGCGAUGGAGAAGCUGAUCAAGGAGAUGGUGAACCAAAAGCGGAAGUCGCAGACGUUGAGGACCAAGACGUCUCCUAAUCGGCGAUGUAAUUUGUAUUGAUGUGUUUUUUUUCUUAAGUCCUACAUGAUUUGUUCAAUUUUUUCAUUAUAUUAUUAAUUUUUUUUUUCAACAAAAAAAAAGUAAUCCGGAAAUCCACCACCUAUGUUUCCUUUACUCUUAUCUGUCUCCCAUUCGCUCCCCCUCCCUCUAAUUGUUCAUCCCGCGCUCUUCAUCGAACACUGGAAACUGCAUUACAACAAUUACCGAAACGGUUUGCAUGGACACGUGUAUAACUCCUCAAAACAAAACAAACAAAAAAUAAUUAAUAAGCAAAGGCUGUGUGUGGUUUUUGUUGUCAUUCCCGUUGUCCCUGCCCUCUGUCUCUCUUUAAUUUCCAAUAAUCAUUUCCGUUAUCUCUUGGAUCUUCCUCGUCGUUUUAUUCGUCGAAGAUCCAGCGUGCCCGCACACACACACACACAGACGAUACACAACACACUCACAGUUUCAAUUUCUCUUCGGAAUUUUUCUCUAUCUCUCUGCGAUGUAGUCUGGCGUCACACAAGACUUCACGUGUAACCUAUUAAAACAAAAGCUGCUGUUGUCUUUUCAACUUUUCUGUAAAACUGCCGCGAUUUCUUCAUUUCCUCAAAUUUGUAUCAAAUGGGAUUGAAUUUUCUACCAGGGGCUACUUAGAGAGAGGAAAGCUGAAGAAUUCGAGUAGAGGUAAUUGUGGAAAAGUAUUUGAUUCAGUCUGUCCGCAACUAAAUAAUUGGCAAUGGAAUUUUUGAAAAGUA